CUGAUCCGUUAGUGUUUUCGGAUGCGUCAUUGUGUUUUUAUAAUUUGUUGGGGUUUUUUUUUGGACUUGUUAUUUUGAUUUCAUAUUUGUGUUUGGUUUUGCACUUCUCGGCCACUGUAGCUGAUACAGAAUGGCUGAUAAACUCAAAGCACUAAAGCAGCAGGUUUGCUGUUCCAUCGACAAGGCCAAGGACAAACUCCAAGGAUUAGGAGACGCGAUAUGGCACCAUCCAGAGCUGGCAAAUGAGGAAAGACAGGCCCAUGAUACUCUGGUCCGCUUUUUCACACAAGAGAAAGGGUGGACCGUGGAGGCACACUAUAAACUAGAAACAGCUUUUCGGGCCUGGUGGGGACCUGUAGGUGGAGCAGAUGGUGAUGCUGUGGUUAAUGUGGGGUUCCUGUGUGAGUAUGAUGCUCUGCCAGCUAUAGGCCAUGCGUGCGGCCACAACCUCAUAGCAGAGAGCGGAGCUGCAGCAGCAUUAGGCCUGAAGGCGGCGCUGGAGAGCGAGGAAGCGUGGCCUGUGCCAAUCAAGGUAACUGUGUUGGGGACUCCAGCAGAAGAGGAUGGAGGUGGGAAAGUGGAUUUGCUCCGAGAAGGCGCUUUCCAGGAUGUGGAUGUGGUGUUUAUGGCUCAUCCCUCUCAGAAGAAUGUUGCAUAUCUACCUGCCAUGGCUAUACAUAGCGUGCUGGUGAAGUACCAUGGACGUGCAGCUCAUGCAUCAGCGUAUCCCUGGGAAGGAGUAAAUGCUCUAGAUGCAGCUGUCAUGGCCUACAGUAACAUCUCUGUACUACGCCAGCAGUUCAGACCUGACUGGAGGAUCCAUGGUGUCAUAAAGCACGGAGGUGUGAAACCCAACAUCAUCCCUGACUACAGUGAGCUGGAGUACUACUUGCGCACCCCCUCACACCAAGACCUGCCCAACAUCAGGGCCAAAGCUGAGGCCUGUUUCAAAGCUGCUGCUAUGGCUACAGGAUGUGAGGUUGAGGUCCUGUUCGAGAAGAAUGAGUUUUAUGAAGUCCUGAGGAACCGCACUCUAGAAGACCUGUAUGAGGAGAAUGGGAAAGCUCUUGGCAUGAAGUUCACCAUCGACAGCUUUUCAGGCUCUACAGAUUUCGGGAACGUAAGUCAUGCUGUUCCAGGCAUUCACCCUUAUUUCUACAUUGGCUCUGAGGCACUGAAUCACACUGCAGAAUAUACAGCUGCUUCCGGUGCAGACAAAGCUCAGUUUUAUACUCUUCGUACUGCUAAAGCUUUGGCCAUGACUGCGCUGGAUGUGAUCUUUAGCCCUGAUGUGCUGGACAAAGUCAAACAGGAGUUUAGAGAGUCCAAGCUCCGAGGAGAGAAACCACAACAAGAGAAACAUGGAGAACUGGAGAAAAACUGAAGGGUUUAAUAUUCAACAGUUAUAGUGACUGAUUUCUGAAUUAGAUAUUUUAGUUUGUGCUUUUUUUUUUGUUGCACAUAUUCAAGCUUUAAAUUUGACGUGUCAUUUUUUUUGACUGAUUUAUAUGACUGAUUCAUACAGUGCUGUGGAAAAGUGCGAUUUCUCCUGUUUUUGUGUAAAUCUCAUACUAAAUUGUUUCAGAAAUUUAAAUAAAAUCAAGAUAAAACAAAGGCAACAUGAGAAAUGAACAUGAAAUACAAAUAAACAUGAAAUACAGUUUUUAAAUGAUAGUUAUUUAUUGAAGCAAAAAAGUUAUCCAGUACCAACUGGGCCUGUAUGAAAACCGUAGUUACUAAUUGCCCCCGUAAUUACUAAUUCCCCAAAUCUAUGAAAUUGUAUUCAUAAUGGGGUUCAGCUGGACUAGAUGCAACCAGACAUGAUUACUGCAAACCCUGUUCAAUCAAAUCCUCAAAAAGAUCAUCAUACAUACAGUCAAGCAUGGUGGUGGAAGUGUGAUGGUGUGGGGAUGCUUUGCUGCUUCAGGGCCUGGGAAACUUGCAGUAAUUGAGGGAAACAUGAAUUCUGCUCUCUACCAGAAAAUCCUAAAGGAGAAUGUCCGGUCUUCAGUCCGUAAAUUGAAACUCAAGCGCGACUGGAUUAAGACAAUGAUCCAAAGCUUAGGAGUAAAUCCUAGUCCUAGAAGUAAGUGAAAGACUGAUCUCCAGUUAUCGGAAGCGUUUACUAAAGUUGGCACAAUCAUAUUUUGAGUUUAAGGGGGCAGUUAGUUUAUCACAUGGGUGAUAGGUGAUAACUUUUUUUUUAAUUAAAUAAAAGAAAGAAAGAAAAAAAAAACUAUGGUGUGUUUACUCAGGUUGCCUUUAUUUUAUGUUGUAUUUCGUUUGAAGAUCUAAAACUAUUUAUUAUGAGAUAUACACAAAAACAGAAGAAAUCAGGAUGGGGGCAAAUACUUUUUCACAGCACUGUAUUUACAACUGAUGUAAUUAAGUUUGAGAAUUAUUUAGCAAAAACCAGGAAGCCCUUAGGGAUACUAACUCUGUCAGCUGUGAGAAGAGCUCUUUUUAAUUUUCCCACUGUAUCACUUGCUCAGUAAUAAUAGUAUAUCGUAAUGCAGAAUGUCCCAAAAGUCUCCAUACACGGGGUAAAUUAACACUGACGAAGGCACAACUGACCUGGUGCUGGAAAACGUAGUCCCCCUGUGUAUGGAGACUUUUGGGACACUGUGCAGUUCACAUCAAAUAGUGGCCAUGUCCAUGCCAGUACAUGUCUUGCAGUACAAUUUGAGCUACUUGGUGGCAAUCCAUUCAUUGGAUCAUUUAUUCAUCUGUCACAAUGCCAAAACACAAGGUGCUCCCCUGUCUAAGCCAAAAUUGGGGUGAUGACCUAUCACCAGAACCUCCAGUUCCGGUUCUGGAGGUCUGAAGUUAGGGAAGAAAAAGGCCAGCUCCCUGCCGGCCUCCUCAUGUGAAACAUCUGGCUUAAGGACUCCCAUUGUGUGCUAACCUGUUAGCAGACACAAGAGCAUCUUCAUCAUUUUGAUCAGCAUCUAGUUCGUCUUGCAUUUCUUCAUCAUCAAUCAUUCCAUCAUCCUCCACAGCAGUUUACUCAAUGUCCUGCUCUAGCAUCCUUUUUUCUCUUUGGCCAGCUCCUGGAUAUAAUUUCUGCAUAGAAUAGGAAAGUGGGCUCACAUUUUCCUCUGUACUUUUCUAGUGCUUCAAAGCUGUGAGCUUUUGCUAUGGUGAAAUGCAGCAUGUCAUCUCCCAGCUGUCACGUAUCGUGACGUAACGGAGAUAAGGUAGGAUGCAAUCGCAGUGUGAACAAGUUUUAUUUAGGAGAGAGACAGGCAGACAAAUCCAAAACGUAAUCCAAAAACAGGCAAAAGGUCAGGCGACCGGCAAACAGGCAUACACAGGGCUAGGCAGGAAUCAAGGUCGUGGUCACGGAAAAUAGGGUCGAGAUACAAAACAUGAAACAUAAGCCACAGCGAGGGACUGGUAGCGGAGAAACCAGCGUGAACUAAACUAACGAACCUAAACGUGAAACUGUGACUGUGGUUAUCCAUCGUAAUUUGUUAUCUAUUCUAACUCAAUAUUCCACGCCGUGUGCUGGGAGGCGCGUGGUAUAUAUACAAACAUAAUCAGCCUCGUAAUGGCUGACGGCUGAGGGCGAUUCAGACACACGUGAAACAAUAGCCAAUGACAGAACGGGGAGGAGACAUAACAGAAACAUAAACAAAUGCACGUGUCGAAAUGUCACGAUUGUCCACAAGGGAAAAGCAGGUGCUCGCGCGCUCACAUGCUCCACAGCGCGCUGCUUAAAGGGGAACUCGUGACACCACCACAUUUUAAUUUUUCUGAAUUAAUAAAUCUAUUAAUUAAUCUAAUUUUACUUCACCUAGAUUUUGUGGACUUACUUCUCUUAAAAUUUACUUCUGUGUUGAUGUGCUUCUCUGUUUUGAUGCUCUGACCAGGUUAGAGUUUCUGUUUAUUUAAUUUUAUUAGUGUUAUCUCCUCGGCUUUACGUGCUACACUGUUAUAUUAUUUGUUACAAGUCUUUAAAAGGUAAGGACAUUAUAUUCAUUAUUGUGUGCAGAUUGUUUAUCAGUCUUGGUAAUUUUGUUGGUUAGUUCAGCUUACUCUCCGAGUUGUUUUCACAUUGUGGACAACGUUCGGUUUUUGUAGGAUACACUGCUGUCUCAUUCGUUUAUGGAGACUUUGGGUGUGGGAGUUUGGAGGAUUGUGAGAGUAAGCAGAACAUGCCAAUGUUUUGAAGGAUGUAAUGUUAUUUAAUUGCGAAUCUGUUUUUAGAGGAUUUAAACCUAACAUGGUGAACAAAUUAUAUUACAGAAUUCAGGCAAUUUUACUGGGGUUAUUCAUACAGUGUAGCAAGUAAUAAUCUGGAAAGACCUUUGUAAUAUCACAGUCUAAAACUGGAUUUAAAGAGAAGCAAAUUAGUAAAUGAAUCACAUGUAAAUGAAUCAUACAUAAAUGAAUCACAUGAAAGUGUAUCACUUGAACAUGAAUAACAUGAAAAUGAAUCUCAUGAAAAUGAAUCACAUGUAAAUGAAUCAUACGUAAAUGAAUCACAUGAAAAUGUAUCACUUGAAUAUGAAUCUCAUGAAAAUGUAUCACUUGAAUAUGAAUCUCAUGAAUAUGAAUCUCAUGUAAAUGAAUCACAUGUAAAUGAACCAUAUGAAAAUGAAUAAAUAAAUUAAAGACA